AUUUUAGAUAAACAAAGAUAUACCGUAUAUCUUUUAAUCAGGCCUUCCAUGAGCUUAAAGUACACCACUUACCGGACACACAAACGCAAGUAUAUGCAUAUCAAUAUCUCAUGUUGCUCUUUUUUUAUAUUUGUUUGUCCACCUCAUUUGCUAGAAUCUCCUCAAGAAUGAAAUUUAAAAGAAGACCAAAAAUAGCAUGACUCAACAGACUGGAGGGAUCAGAUGAUGAAGUUUUUUAAAAUACGGUGAAAUGCGUAUAAGAGCAAGCCUUCAAGAUAUAUUGCUAGACCAGAGUUCUGCAGGGUUUUGUAUCCGGUACUUAUCUUAUCGAAAGAGUAACCUUUCACCCGAAAUGGACGGCAUUCACGCUUUAGACCUUUGACCAGCUAUCCCUCGAUGCUGCAUAGAGUCAUUCUCACGACGAACUCGGCUACGGCAGGAAGCACUUACUUAGUGACGAUAGUGUACGUUCGUUCAAUCAAGUCGAUGUGGUUGCACCCCAACCAUUCUCAGUUCGCCCCUCGGUUCCUAUCUGGACGCUACAACAUCUCGGUGAAUGUUCAACGACUGUCACUUCAUAUUCGCCUCAAGUGAAUAGUGUUCAGAGACUUGGUCUCUGCGAUUGCUUCACCGUCAUCCUGCCAUUCGAUUUACAUCUCAAUUCUCCGAUUGUGGAGAGGAGCGAGUAUGAGGCAAUGAUACUGAGGAUUCGAUGAAUUUUUCUUCCUGAGGAAGAUCAAUCUGCGUGCGAUAUGAGGUCUUCAAAGAUGUGGAUUGUGUCGUUUGUCUGUGCUGUUCUUAUCUUAGGCGUUUCUAGAGGAGAGUUCUUAAAAGAUCCAGAAUCGUGCGGCCGCCGGAAAUGCGUUGUGCCUGCCGAACGAAAGUUCAAGUAUGCGGAAGACGUGGUGUAUCGAUAUCAAUACGAAGUCAGUUCAAAUGCGAACUUGGGCAAGCCUCAGGAAGAUACGAGCGAGGACGCCCCCGGAAAUGAAAAGGAGUCGACACUUCAUAUCGACGCCACUGCCUCGAUCGAGUUCACGUCGGCGUGCGAAGGAUACUUGAGACUUGCUAAUGCUAGUAUUAGUCAGAAUCGUUCUCAAUACAAUAACGAAUUUCCCGAUCGUGCCGGGGCUGAAUUCAAGUCGAGCCUCGAAAAGUAUCCUCUUCGUUUUGCCUUUGACGAUGGGCACAUUCUGGAGGUCUGUCCUCAUCCACAGGAUGCGAUCUGGGUAGUCAACCUGAAACGCGGUGUCCUUUCAAUGCUCCAAAAUACCAUGAAGCGAUUUGACGUGGACAGAAAAGUAAACGAACUCGAUGUCAAUGGCAUCUGCGACACACAUUACAAACUCCAGGAGGCCAGAAAGACGAGUCUCAUGAUUGAGAAAACCAAAAAUAUUGGAACCUGCAUUCGUCGAUACAAGCACUUAUCGAUAAUUCAGUCUAACGCUUAUGCAAGUCCCAGGUUGCCCUCGAAACCUCCUCCACAGCCUCUUCUGGAAUCUUCGAGCGAAUGUCAAAUCACAAUUGACCAUAAUAUCUACGAGAGUGUCGUUUGUCGAGAUUUCCAACUACUGCAACCAUUUUCGAACGGAGGAAAGGCUGGCGCGCAAACACAUACGACCGCCUCGUUGCGUUUGAUCGAGGAACAUAAGGAAGUGGCGUCCGUGCAAUCGGACGAUCUCUUCCACAGGCGAGAGCAUCACCAGGAACGGGGAGAUGACAAGAGCUUUACUCCUGAGAAGAAGAGUAAUCUUCUCUAUGAUCAUUCUGAUACGCCUAAACCUACUCAUGGCGAGCUGCGAACUAGCAGGAGUCUUCUUAAGAAUAUGUGUAGCCUGGAUACUAACGAGGAACUGCAGCAACGAUUUCCUGAAAUUUUCACCAAGUUCAUACACUCGGCUCGUGUACUCAAUUAUCCAUCGCUAUCACAGCUUCUCGCGAGAGCUAAUAGCAUCUGCAAGAAUGGAGGAAAACAUAUUAUCGACGCUCUACCGUUUAUGGGCAGCAAUGCUGCUGCCAUGGUGAUGAAGGAUCUCAUAAUUAAAAAGAGAAUUGCACGCGACAGAAUAGAUAAGUGGGUGACUACCUUCGGCAUGAUUCCACGACCAGACAGAGAUCUCAUUUGGGCCUUGGGACCGCUCCUUGACUUUCAACAGGAAAUCCCUGAUGCCCAAUUUUCUUUGAGUUACUCCGCACUUAUUCAUGCCUACUGUGUGAACCAUGAUAGCGACUGCGCCCGAUUGGAACCAAUUGUUAGAUUUUUAGCUCAGCUUCAGAAAAAAAUUGACUCUGGUUGCGCUCCGCGACUGCAUUCCCAGUCGUCUUUGCAAGAGACCAUGGAAGCGAUUAAGGCUGUAGGAAAUGCAGGGUUGGAGACUACAGAACUUCUACAGAGUUUGCUGAGAUGCGUAGAUGGUUCUGGGGGAUUCGUACCGAUGGAAGUUCGACUGGCAGCUAUUGAAGCUCAUCGUAGACUACCCUCCUGUCAACUCACCAGGGAUCGCUACUUCCUCGACUAUUAUCGCAACUACACACUUGACACAGAACUCAGGAUUGCCUCGUAUAUGCAAGUUAUGCGUUGCCCUGAUUACAAUGUCGUUAAGACUAUCAAACACACUCUCAAGGAAGAGGAAGUGAACCAAGUGGGUUCAUUUGUUUGGAGUCACCUUACGAAUCUUCUGAACUCAGCGUCACCUACGAGAGUCGAAAUACAAAGUUUGCUGACAGACAGGGAUCUGGGUACCAAGUUCAAUAGUGACAUGCGGAAAUUUUCACGUAACUACGACAACUCCUUCUUCUCAGACGAGUUUGACUUCGGUGCUAAUUAUCAGGGCAAUUUAAUUUUCUCACCAAAAUCUUACAUUCCGCGCACUGCCGUUCUCAAUGCAACUGUUGACCUCUUCGGCGAAUCUGUUAAUCUCUUCGAAAUCGCCGUUCGAAUGGAAGGUCUGGAAACUUAUGCAGAAAAUUUGUUCGGCCCCGAUGGACCAUUCAGUAACGAGAAGGUAGGAAAUCACGUGAAGCAAUUCUUGCGAAAAUUUCGUUCGGCACCGGACGAGCACCAAGAGGACUAUUGGAAACAAGUGAAAAGAUUGCCUAAUCUGAUUGAUAACAAUUUCGAUCAACCAAAAAUCAGUAUCUCGUACAAAGUUUUCGGCAAUGAAUUAAAGUACUUCGUUAUGGAUGGUGACUCGGAGAUCAGAAAUACCUUGGCUUCUCUUAAUCCAUGGAAAAAGAUCAAAGAAAUUCUUUCCGGUGGUGAAAUACGUUACGAGAACGCAGCAAUGUUCUUGGACUCAAGUUACAUCGCACCGACAACAUCCGGAUUGCCGUUACGACUAGCUCUUACCGGAUCUGCAGCGUGCAACUUCAGAACUUCCGGUUCCCUCGAUCUGGAACGAUUAACCAGCCAUGCAGAGUUGGAACUUCUUGGCAAGCUCAUCCCAAGCGUGAGCUUAGACAUAACCGGCACAAUGAUAAUUGAUGGAUUUUACAAAAGUGCCGGAUUGAAGUUACGGUCAAACGUCUAUAGUUCCGGAGCCGUGCAAGGGCACCUUGAAAUAAAAGGAGCAAGACUCGCCCGUCUCGAUAUUGGUCUACCUAAUCAGAAAGUUGAGUUAUUAUCCGUAUUGACAGACGUCCUCCUAGUGCACAGUAAUGGGCCGGAAGUCGAGGAGAUACCAGUAGGUCGUCUUCUUACUGGAGAACCUGACGAUAAUUCAAAAGUACAGUCAAAGGGAAAUUCAAAAGCCUCUCAUCCACAUAUUAUCAGCGGCACUACGUGCAGCUGGCCUGCUUUGGAUCGCUUAAUCGGUUUGAAAAUGUGUGCACAAUAUCAAUUCCCCAACGUUACCAAGAAUCCAAACGCUUCCUACUUUAUUCUUAAUGGGCCCUCGCUAAUUAAGCUGUCCCUCAUCAAAGCCGAUCGUACCGCCAAAAGUUAUUUAUUCGAGUACAAGUGGCAGGGAUCUGCGAAUGGGAGUGUUAUCAGAUUGGCUUUUGACACGCCAGGCUCCCAACUUAAAAGGGAAUUGAGUGCAAGCGUCAACCUCGACGUUAUCAGUAAGAACAUUACACUGCUUCUGCGAGCCGCUGGCAGUUCCUUGGUAGCAAAAGGAACGUACAAGAGAACUGAGGACGAAGCCUUAGUAGAUAUGGGUUUAGACGUCAAUGGUACCAAGCAUCUGGAUGCUCAGUUCGGAUACGUAAGAAAAGAGAGCAAUUAUGGAUAUAUUUACACGCCGAAGCUCUAUUUAGCUAUUAAUAAUGAAUGCAUAGCCAAUUUGUCAGGAACUGUACGAAACGCACAUAAACACAAUGUGUCCCAGUGCGACAUAGAUCUGACCUUUCAGACGAAGAGAUUGCAAAGUCACGUAAUGGGAUAUGUAAUGAUACGGAACAUGAGUAUAGCUGGAAAUAUUCAGCUGGACUACAGAUUGGAAGGAUUGCCAGGAUCGAGUGCUCCGAAGAACGAAUCUCUACUUUUGGAAGUGUCCCUCAUCGACCGAUCCUCGAGAACACUGACGCACAAAUUGGCUAACUUGAAGGUUCAAUCUUCAGCUUAUCCACAGCUUAAUGUCGUAGUAAAGUCCUGGUACCAGCGAGCGCUCGGCCACCUUGAACUUAACACCGAAAUAAAUUCGAGUCCUUAUCUAGAGGACGAUAGACACAAGCUGACCGCGCAGCUGGUACUGACCUAUUCCAAGGCUUACUUCCAGAACCAAGGUGCUAAAAUCAGUGCAUUUAUUGCCAUUACUAAGCCUAUUAAAAAUGUUGACAUCAAAGUUGGAAUUAGUCAUUCCAGUAUUGGUUCUGAUUCAAAUACACGUGCGCUUGUUCGUUAUGCGCCAGGCAAGGAAGUUAUUCUUCUAUUAACCGAAUCGACUUCGCGGAGUCCGAUGCUCUCAAUGGAAGCUUACGUAAACCUGACAAUUCCAAAUUUUAUGCCAAUGUUGAUAGACGCUCGAAUACAUGAAAAAGCUCGACACGCAUACGAGCUUGACUUCUCCGGACGCUGGUUCAGUGGUCACAAUAUGACUGCACGUGGUACCUAUGCUGAUCGAUCGAAUACCAAUCAAAUCAAUCACAUGUUGAAACUUUUAUUAAAAUCUCCCAGUUUCUCAAGAGACAUACUACUCUACUGUAAGCUCUACCAGGAUGUGACCGAUUUACAAAUUGAAAUGUCAUUCGAGGAACUUGAUAUGGACAAGUACGCUUUUGUUCUGAACCAUACGAGUCAAUCGUUGUCUCGUGCGAUGACAUAUGUCGAAGGCAGGUAUAAGAACAGUCUGUAUACGGCAAUGACAAAUAUCGAUACCGAUCGUGAGGUCAGGCUGGAACUGCAUCUGGACCGCUGGCGGGAUAUUCACUUUAUAGCAAGAGGUAUUAAUGAGCCAAACAAGAAGGAAUUUGGCUUCGACGUGAAAUGGGACGCUAACAGGGAUCCGACUCUAAAGCUUACGACGGCUGUUCGAUUCUUUAAAAUGGCGGAUGUCGUUGUUGCUCCAAGUGGGGAGAUUACGAUUCUUGAAAAAAAUGCCACUGGAAGUCUUACAAUUUCUUAUCCAGGUCGUUUGAUAACCGGAUCAUGUCUACUGGCACUGAAAGGCUAUUCGAACUAUGUGAUGGAUGUUCGUUUAGAUUUAAGUCCAGAUAAAACACUUCAAUUGGGUAUAGACACUGAGUAUAAGUUACAACGUGAACUAAAAUUUAUCAAAUUGGAAACACAGUUGUUAACACCGUUUGAAAAUUGGAGAAGAACUUCACUCAAUGCUAGGUAUCUGCUGAACGAGACUUCUCUGAGAGCUGCUGGUAGUGCGCACUGGCAGGACUCCAGUCAUGUGCUUCUGAACUUGAGCGCUAACGCCAUUGAGAAUGUGAAUAGUUCAGAUUGGGAUGCGCAAGCUGAAUUCCAUAGCAGCAUCCAUACAAUACGAGAUAUCAGCUUGAAUUUUACUCACAGUCAAACGUAUGACAACACCGCGGAUACUCGACUCCUAAUAAAUUAUUAUCCGGACAAGGUAAUCGACGCGAAGAGUCUCUGGUACCUGGAGAGGCCAACAGAUCCGAAGAGCGAAGGCUUCAACCUUACUGGAACCCUUGAGUUGAAGUCACCGUUAAACAGCUAUCGACAUGGGCAGAUGAAGUGCCAGCUGCGCUUCAUGCCUAACUGGCAAUUCCAAGGAGCAGCCAAUCUUCAGAUAGAAAAGCGCAGAUAUACUGGUCAACUGAUUGGAGACCUUGCUAAGCUCAAGGAAUCUUCUGUACAAUUGAAUCUUACUACGCCACUCGAAAAAUAUUCUUUUGUACGCGCGCGAUUCGGCUUUUCGGAGAAGGAGAAGCAUGUCGUAGCUGAAAUCCUGAGUCCUUCUGGACCAAUCGGCUUUGAAGCUCUGUAUCGUUUAUUCACGGAAUCAUCGGAUUUUCAUCUGAAGCUUCUAUUAGCCACGCCAAUUGAUGUACUACAGCGAUCACUCCUCAUUGCCAAAUUGAAUAAACGCGAGGCUGACUUUCGGGUUGGCUACAACAACGUUACCGUUGGCUUUCAGGGUGUUUGGCAUUACCGAAAUCUUACAGAGUUUCACUAUAGCUAUAUUUUCUUCACGCCACUUCAAGGACUCGAGGAAUGCGGCGUUGUUACCAAGCUGCUGAUUGCUCGUAUGCCGCCCCGCGAUGACAUUAAACUCGACACUGAAUUCUCCGUGAGAUUAGCAGAAACGAAAGUUGGAAUAAAAGUCAGUGGUGGUUCUAAACCUCCACCGAUUCGUAUUCUAGUUAAGCAUCCACCAGUGAGUAGCACUGUUCACGAUAAAAGUAGUACGGAUGAAGAUGACGAUGAGUACGAGGAUGAGGACGAAGAGGAGGACAUUCAGGAUAACCUCUUCUGGCGUGGAGAUUUGGAGUUGAAUGUUGCUGUAAUCCCAGCGAUUAUCGGAGCCCUGGACAUCGACGAGGAAAACUCAACCUACAAGAUCUUGGGUUCGCUAAAACUUCCUCAGGGAAAAAUCAUACUUGAUGACAAGUUUUUCAUGGAUGACGUCUUCACAAUUAGAAAUGAUCUUAGCAUAGAGACUCCUUUCCCGUGUUACUCUGAAAUUACUUCAAUAUACGGUUUCAUUAUUGUCCCGGAAAAUUCCAAGUACUUUCUGGAAGCGGACGUCAGAGUGAAGAAUCACGACAAUUGGAUAGAGGCCGGAUUUAAUGCAAAUUACACGUACCAAAAAGGAGAGGUCGAUGAUUCGAAGAUUCACACGGUACAGUUUACGAUGAAGACACCUCUAAAGAUCAUUCCAUUCCUAAAUGCAAAAACUAUCGUUGAAAUCGAUGAGAGCACGUACAAAACUAUUUUGGAUAUUCGAGCAGAUAAGUGCGUCAUCGACUUGACUGCUUCUCUUGAGUUAGAUCAAGAGUAUCUGGACACGGCAAUAACACUCAUGAUCGACAGCGUACCGCUAAAACUUCCCAAGACAAAUAUUAUCAUCAAGAAAGAUUUCACAGACAAUGAAAAACGUCUGGACAUUGAUUUUAAAAUUGAUGAUCCUGUAUCGAGAGUUUUGAACUUGCACGGGAUUUGGAAUGUCAAGGAUCUCGAUCACUUGAAAGUCUCAUUUACCCUGAAUACGUGGAUUGAUAUCCUUAGGGAUAUCGAAGUAAAUGUACUCUGUAUCAAUACAAUAAUGAAAGAUGGCUACUCUCGACUCACGUCAAAUAUUAAGCACUAUCCUAACCAGGAAUAUAGAUUCCUUGGUGAAUUUAAGAAUGGAUCCAUCAGUGCUGAACUACUCAGCCCGCUGAUUCAUUACGGGCAUCUGCGAUUUAUCGGUACCAUAAAGAAACUGAACCAUGAUACGUCUGAACAGACUUAUCAGGUGAAGGGUGAUAUUGAGAAUCGAGAAACAUCUACAGUUUAUGAAUUUGAAAGUUUGGUGCGAGUUGCACGAACAGCCGAACUGCAGGCGCUGACUUCGAUAGAGGGUAAAGUAGCACCCAAAAAUGGAAAUAAAGAAAGGAGUGGAAACCAACUGACAUUUGAGUUGAGGGAACAAAAAUAUGGUCUCACGUUGGACAUUAAGAGUCAAGAAUUCGAUGGAUCCGCAAGCUACAGCUAUACGAAUAAUUUAAAUUGGGAGACGCGUGCCAAAGUGAUUACAUCUAAUCAGAAUUCAAGGAUGGAGUACAGAUUGAUUGCACUGACGAAUGUCCAGGUUGAUGGGAAUACAACAGUUUACGUAGACGUAGCGACACCCUGGCCAGAGUUGAAAUCAUUGAUCACAAGGCUUAAUAUGCUUCUGAUAAAUGAAACUGGCAACUUACAAUUGACUCAUCGUCUGAACGAAGAAUCAAGUGAAGUUUCACUUUCAUGGACUCUGUUAUACAUGUUAAAUAUGUCAGGCCGAGCUUUAGUGAGUUAUCAGACGCCCGACUUUUCAAAACAUGCCGUUGUGCAAAUUUUCUUUGACAAUCCGGGGCGAGCGUUUAAGAGCUUGAAUACUGGGAUCGAUUUGAACGUCGAUCACGAAGCCUGGAGAUUCGCCACAAAUUUCACUCUAGGUUUUCAUAGCCUGGCGAACGUAGACGCAGUCAUUUCUGUCAAACUUCCUCCUCCUGAUAAUGAUGAUCAUAAAAUUCUCUGCAGCUACCAAGCCAAUAAUGGAUUCCAGAAUGCCUCCUACGUUAUAGGAUAUACUGCCGUACGGGCCAGACUAAAUUAUGCGUCUGACGGAUCGAUACGUAUGGUCUCCAAGGAUAUCAAUGGCCAGCUUCGCAUCACGUGGGGUUUACUACAAAAUCAAACACUGAAUAGUCUCUUGAAUGCUAAAUUUCAUAAAGAGAAUGUCUUAGUGAAGUAUUCAUUGUUUUCCCCACGAUUCCUUCGAGAGGAGACUCUGGUUGUCCUCUUGAAUUAUGAUCCGGCAUCCGAGAUCCAAAACAUCAUCGGUGCUGAAGUAUUUUAUCCAGGAAGUGAACGCGUAGGGUUUGCUCAUCUAUCCUAUGCUAACCUUUUUAACAUCAAUGGGACUAUCAAUGCUUCCAUACCGAUAGCAAAUUUCGACUUUAUAGGCUGUAACUUCCAAGUCCUCACUAACAUUAAACAAAACAGAAGAUUCAUCGAGGUAUUCUCGCCGAACAACACAGCCAUUCUGGAAUCUGCUUAUUCCUAUCACAGCGAGAGACUCGACUCUUCCCUCGAAGGCAUUCUUAAGCUUGAGGUUCCUUUGAGCACACGACAUAUUGCCCUGCUAAGCUAUGGUUACAAGAAACGUCCACAAAUCACAAAUGGCUAUUCGGAGCUUACGUAUAACACGAAGAAGAUCCUCCAGGGACAGUACACGUCGAAAAGCGAAUCUAGGGCAGGUUUUGAGAAGGACCACAUUGAGAUUACCAUUCAGAAUACUUAUCGUCCACUAGGCAUUGUGUACACGAAUCAGUAUGAGUACAGUGCAGGAUAUCAGGGUACCAAUUACCCCACUGUAGAGUUCAAACAAGUAAAUGUCUAUAGUUUAAAUAACAGGACAGCCUUUAACAUAGCCGGAGAAUGCAGAAUAAAAACAAGUGAUAUAGGUCAGGAUAUCCAUCUCAAAGCAAUCCACGCAAAUCGCACGGUACAUCUGCAGGCAGAUUAUAAAGUUCUACCCGGUGAAUUCGAUCAGAAGAGUUCUUUGAGUCUCGCUGAGAAUGAAUGGAUUGCUUAUCGACUCAACAUCGUCAACAAAACCACCGAAGAGAUAGAUAAUCAAUUUAUCCUCGUGAAUCUAGCAUAUCCGAAGAGAAACUUCACUCUUGAUGGCUCCUACAAGGUAUCGGAAUCUGAGCUUAGUUCUGAAGCAAAGCUCCAAUGGGAUCAUGACACCGAAAGACCUAGGUCGAUCGCUACCGCUUUCCAAUGGGCAAAUGUGUUAUCAUCUACUGGAACUAGUGAACAGCAUGCUGUUCUUAGUUUCACACAUCCGAGUUUUUCAAAAGACGUGACACUUAGAGGAAAACUUGGAAAGACUGACGAACGCGACCUAGUCAAUGCUGCACUGACUCUGGAUUAUUCUCAGAGUGAAGAAAAGCUCCUGCAACUCUCAGGUGUCCUACGGGACGACAGCGAAGGACCUCUAGAACGGAAGUACAGUUACUCUAUAUCCGGCAAGCAUCCAAGUACCAGGCUCGACUUAGCCGUAAGUGGGCACUUGCGCAAAUAUUCUUCUGUACUUUUGGAAACUGAAAAUCUGGCGCAUUAUAAACGCAGUUUCCUGCCUGUUGAGAAUGGACAACUUAAGGCUCGCCUAGAUACGCGUGACUACGAGAUUGAACUACAUCGCGAAAAUAAUGAACUCGUUAAGUAUCUCUCUGCUAGGUACUAUCCAACAUAUCCUGUUUAUGUGCUGAAUGGGUCACUUAUCAAUACGCCUUAUGUCAAUGCCACCGGUGCGUUUUAUCUGGACAUUCAAGAAAAGCUCACUUGGCUGAUGCUUAAUUUUACUCCUGAUGCGCUCGAGAGUCUACGGAUGCACGGUAGUAUAGGAGAUGCCCGCAGUGCAGUGUUUGAUAUCUGGAGAACGUAUGACAAAGAUUUCUCAAUUUCUGAUGUAUCAUUUUAUCUACGACUGAAUCACUCACGACUUGUCACUUCAACGUUACGUUGGCGACCAGAUCUUCGACAGGACGUUACUAAUACCAUCAAAACGACAAUGUCAAAUUUGUAUGAAGGUAUAGGCCAUGAUGCUGAUUAUUGGAAGCAAUAUAUUAAGAGUGAAACUGUCAGUGCCAUCUCUGACAUUUGGGACGAUGCUCAAGAGGACGUUGAAGCUUUCGUCGAAGAUUGGGACGAUCUUAAGAAACUCGAAGGAGACUUUGAAGAUUUAAAGAUUUAUCUUAACAAUUCGUACAAUGCCAAUGAAUUUUAUAUAAAGGAUAUCGCGUUCAUUGUGGUUUAUGUAAUAGAUGAAUUGUCGUUACGUAGUCACAUAGAAUCAUUGCCAAAUAUUCUGAAUGAAAUAUGGGAAAUAAUGGGUGAAUCUGGUGAAGCAAUCCGUAAUUCCUUGCUGUGGAUCAUUGAGACUGUGAAGAAUGGCUUUAACAAGAUAUCAGAAGUAAUAGCAGCAAUUCUUAAGGGAGACUCUGUGUCGCAAAUAGCUGCUAUUGUUGAAAAGCUUGUUGAAAAAUAUGAUAUGUUUGUAAAAGAUCUUCACGUAUCAUUUAUCAAGUACGUUGAGAAUCUCUGGAGCAAAUUAUCCUUUGGGUUAUCGCAACAAUGGCAUAAGUUCCUUAAACUGGUUGAACCAUUAUUCAUACAAGUUAUCCAUUACUUGGAAACCGUCGUGUGGAAGGCUAGCAAGGAGAUCCUCGACUUUCUUUACGACCGCAGAAAUGAGCUAAUGACAUCGCCAUAUUUCGACCGCUUCACAAACUUCACGCAAGACGUGGACAAGAUCUACAAAGACAUCAAGGCCAACGAUAUUGUGACGAACAUUCACAAAUAUUCAAGUAUCCUCAUACAAUUUCUGACGGAGAGAUACUUUACGGUCGUUCCGUUCGGCAAGGAACUCAAGGAUGUCGUUAACGAGAUACUUUCAGGGGUACAAGAAUUAAAGAAUCUUCCAUCAGUGAAUUAUGCUUUUAAAAAAAUGGAGCAGUUGUACGAGAAAGCAAGAUACUUGUACGAGUACUUAGAUGUCAGAUUGAAAAUUGAAAGUACGAUACGUCUUGUCCAUUCAAAGCUUAUGGACAUUAGUCUGACAGCUUUAGAAGCAGAGAAUCGAUAUCGAGAAGCCAAGACAAAAUUCAUAUUUGAUCCACAAGAAGGUCUUAUGUGCCUUGAACAAAAAUUACCAAUGUCCUGGCAUGCUUUCAAUCAAACUCCUGAAUUCCAAGAGAUUCCUGAAUACAGAGCCAUUGCCGACAUGGGAUCAUACUUCACCACGUCCAAUACAACUUUCUGGACAUUGUAUUACCGUUAUAAACCGUACACAGAACCAACCAAUUGGUUACCACCAUUUCGAGCUCAAGCAAUGAUCGUUGGAUCACAACACUUUGUGACUUUUGAUGAACGUCAUUAUGACUUCGUGGGUUCGUGUCGUUACUUAUUGGCACGAGACUUUGUUCAUAACCAUUUUGCCAUUUUCAUCGAAUAUGAUGAUAACAAUAAAAAUAUCUCUGAGCUUGCAAGCACCUAUCGCCUCGUUGUACUCAUAGGUGAACAAGCAAUUGAGCUCGAUAUAUUCAAAGACACGGUGAAGCUGUUGAAUUCAGACACAGUUCUUCAGCUACCAGUUGAGCUAGAACAUGGCCAGGCAUUUGUCUAUCAGGAAGGGAAUAUUGUGAUCGUGGAAGGACGUAAAAAUCAAUUCAAAUUAGAAUGCAAUUUUAAAUAUGACUUAUGCACUCUUGAACUGUCCGGAUGGUAUCAUGGAAAGACUGCAGGUCUUCUGGGCACAAUGGACAACGAAAAAGCAACCGAUCGUUUAGCUUCUGACGGACGUCUUCUUCAAGAUGUUGAAGAAUUUACGCGUUCUUGGUCUCUCAACCAAGAGUUAUCUAAGUGUACAAUCCACAAAGAUUUCACUAUUUCUUUAAAUGAAGACGAAGACAAAGAAUCAAAUAAGAGAAACAAGAGUAAAAGUCAGAUAUGCGAAGAUCUGUUUGUUAAUAAAACUUCUGAACUCUCGUCCUGCUUCAACGUAGUGGAUGCUGGACCAUACGCGGAAGCCUGUAUGCAUUCAAAUACCAAUGAUGGAAAUGCCUGUACGCUUGCCAUGGCUUAUAUGCAAGCUUGCGCCUUCUUCGAUACCUAUCUUAGAAUUCCAGACAAGUGUACCAAAUGUACAAUGACUAACGGAAGUGAGGUGCCAGAAGGCGAGUUUCGGAAACUUGACGGAGACUCGGUACCAAGAUCAACCGACGUCGUAUUCAUCGUCGAAGCCAAGGAAUGUAAUCGGGACAUAAAAACGAAUCGUAGCAUAGAACAAUUAGUGACACAAUUAAACAAAGAAUUUAAUGAGCAACGAUUAACGGAUAACCGAUGGGCCCUUGUCGUCUUUGGUGGUGACGGAGUCUACGAUAAACCAAGGAGCAUUGUCUUAGAUAGUUCACCGUUCACCACACGCGUUGCAAGGUUCCCCGACUACUUUCAGCGGAUUCCUAUUGGCGACGGGUCAGAUGACGUUUUCGCUGCUAUCGGUUUUGCAUCUCAACUUGUAUUCAGAGCUGGUGUUUCCAAGACUUUCAUUCUCAUGCCAUGUACACAUUGUGAUCCGAGAAACCAGACUCUGGACUUUUCGGUACUGCAUCAAGUUCUUCUGGAACACGAUAUUACUUUACACAUAUUAAUGGAUGGAAAUUUCCAAUUUGAAAAGGAACGUCUUAACAAGAUAUUCUAUGGGCUAGAUGCUACCAAAUCGUACACGAAGAAGGAUGCACGAAUACUGACAGGGGAUACGGAUCUCAGGCGACAAGUAAAACUGCCCAAAAGUGUGCUUGGGUAUUGCACGCCCUUGUCUCUGGAAACAAAUGGUACCAUAUUCAGUGGGAACAAGCUGCGGUCUGAUAAAAUUGGUCCUCUUAAGAAGUUUGCUAGUGUAUUCUCAAAGAGAGUCGCACUAAGUGCCUCACCUAGUCCAUGUCAACAUUGUGAAUGUAUCGCUAACAACGACGGCGUCACUAAAAUGGAGUGUAUGCCUUGUGUCUAUCCUACACCAGUUACAGUGGAUUAUGAAUCGUUUAAUGAAGAUGAGGCCUUGUCAGUGCUGCAACCUAUGGAGGAGGAUUACGCUCAGAUCGACAUGGAGGAUGAUUGAUCGAAAGACACUUAACGCGAAUAAAUUUCUCCUCUAGGUGUAUUUACUUGAAAAAGCGUACUGUAAAAAGCGAAUAAAAUAGUUUUCAUUUACUUCAAACCCUUGAAGUAUUUAUGAAUCUUAAUGAGAUCAUGUAGUAUGUAUUAUCGGAGCAGAUACGAGCUCAGAAAUCUAGUAUUUCUUUAUAUAGAAUGAAAUUAGGAAUUUUUUAAAGGCUUCUCACUGAAAGUCUUCAAAGAAAUGUAAUCUCAAAACCGAAGUUUAAUAAACUUGUAUUAUACAAGUUGA